AUGUCGCAAACUCAGACACACACGGAGUCGGUAGAUGGUCAAGACCACGAUGAGGUACAGAAGAAGGCAAAGAACAGAAGGCCAGCUAAUACUGCCUUCCGGCAGCAGCGACUGAAAGCGUGGCAACCCAUCCUUACCCCCAAGACGGUUUUGCCUCUCUUCUUCAUAGUUGGAAUCAUCUUCGCUCCAAUAGGAGGGCUUCUACUCUACGCCAGUGCCCAAGUGCAAGAGAUAUCAAUCGACUAUACUCAUUGUCGGGACGAGGCACAAAAUACCUCGAUUGACAGCACAGAAUACCAGACAAUUCCCAGCAAAUAUACUUCGUCGUCAUUCAAAGGCUCCAAUUCGAAUUGCUCAAGCAACCCAACAUACAAAUGGAGAUCAUACAACAUCAACCGUACCUACUACAGUGACCAACCUGUGGAUACUUCGGUCUGCUCAUUGCAGUUCAACAUCCCCGACAACCUCAAACCUCCGGUACUCCUCUACUACCGUCUCACGAAUUUCUACCAAAACCACCGCCGAUACGUUAAAUCUCUGGACUCGAAUCAAUUGAAGGGCGAUGCUAUAAACAACAAUUCUCUUGGCGCGUGUAGUCCUUUGAACACCGACCCCAAUGGGAAGCCGUACUGGCCUUGCGGUCUCAUCGCCAAUUCAAUCUUCAACGAUUCAUUUGCAAAUCCCGUGCAGCUGAAUGUGCACGAUAGUUCUGCCUUCAACGUUACAUACAACAUGACAGAAAAUGGUAUCGCCUGGAGCAGCGAUAAAGCUCUGUAUGCUCCUACAAAAUACGACCCUGCAGAUAUCACUCCUCCACCUAACUGGUAUCUGCGAUACCAAGACGGUUACACCUCGGACAACUUACCAGACUUGGAAAGCGACGAAGCUUUUCAGGUUUGGAUGAGGACUGCUGGGCUUCCGAAUUUCAGUAAGCUGGCGAAGCGCAACGAUAAUGAGACCAUGCAGUGUAGCAUGUACCAGGUGGAUAUCGAAAAUAACUUUCCGGUCGACAUAUAUGGAGGCACCAAAUCCUUGGUCAUAUCCACUCGAACAGUGAUGGGAGGGAAGAAUCCUUUCCUUGGGAUAGCGUAUGUGGCAGUUGGUGGCAUCUGCAUUGUCCUCGGCGCCUUAUUCACAGUGACCCAUCUCAUUAAGCCCCGCAAACUCGGAGACCAUACCUAUUUGUCAUGGAACAAUGACCAACCCAGCACAGCGACCGCAACCGGGAUUUCAAGACCAGUGUUAAUUUUCCUCUCCACUGCUGCCAAUCCCAGCUUUGCCCAUCCCGCUGGUGCUAGUCUCGACCUUCUUGACAAGCGAGCCCUCGGCACUGUAGGUCGAAAUGUCAACCUUUUUCAAAAUGUCACCCAAGUAUGCGGCACUCGUGGCCCCAGCGAUGAGCUCCGCCAAGCACACGCCGAUUUCCUCGAGCAGUCACGACACGGCAACAAGGAACGACAGGCAAGCUCGCCGAUCGUGGUACAAACAUACAUACACUUCGUCUCCACAACCGACCAAAUGGACCACUACCCAUCCAGCGUGCGGACCUCCAUGGUUUCCAGCCAGGUCUCCAUCCUCACCAGCCUCUACCGCCCCGCCGGCAUCACCUUCAAGCUCAUCUCGACGACCUGGACCGUCAACGACGCCUGGGCCACGGACGCCGAAUCGACCCCGAUGAAGCGCUCCCUCCGCCGCGGCAACUACGAGGCCCUGAACCUCUACUUCCAGACCAACCUCUCCGCCGCCCCCUACGCCUACGACGCCGCCUCCACCCUGCUCGGCUACUGCACCCUGCCCACCACCAUCACGUACCCGGGCCCGGCCGGGCUGGCGCUCGAGUACCCGACGCUCGACUACGCCACCGACGGGUGCAACGUGCUGGCGGGCAGCAUGCCCAAGGCCCCGGUGCCGGCGUUCGGGUACGAUUUGGGGAAGACGGCCGUGCAUGAGGUGGGGCAUUGGUUCGGGUUGUUGCAUACUUUUCAGGACAACACGUGCGCGACCGGCGACCCGGGCGACUACUGCGACGACACGCCGCAGGAGAGCCAGAGCACGACGGGUUGUCCGACGGGCAAGGACAGCUGUCCCGGUUCGCCGGGUCUGGACCCGGUCAGCAACUACAUGGAUUACUCGACCGACGCGUGGUAA